ACCAAUGAUGUCAUGAGGGUUGCGCCGAGGGGUGUGGCGUCGGUGACGAGGCUGGUUCCGCCUCGAAGUGCCUCGAGGGCAAAUCGGGAAGCGUCGGGCCAGUUCGUUCUCAGUCGACACCGGUACUCCCUUCGAGAACGUUGCAGAACGUAUAGCUGCUGCAACAGACAUACAGAAAGCAGUACUGGCUUCAGCAGUGGGCCUGUGCUGUGAAGUUGAUGAGUAAAAAGGGGAAAGAUUGUUGGAAUUAUUAUUGACAAUUGACUGUUAAAUCCUAAUAACAUUUUACCACGAGGAACUGCCACACUGGAAGAGGCGAACACGUGUCAUCCGCGCUCCUGUGAGCGGAUCAGUUGAGCUGGACAGGAAUUAAAUCAAACCUGUGAACGUGAACGUGUAAGUGACAUUUGGUUGAAUAGGAUUUUGAAAAAGAAAAGAGAAAUUCAUACCUAUUACCAGUGAUAACUAGUGGACAAGAGCGCGGUGAAAGGUGCGAGAGUAGCAGUAGAAUUGAGGAAUUCGUAAGGAUUCCUUACAGGGACGUCAAAAUGAUGAGCUCACAUACUCAUCCUCACGGACAUCCGCAUCCUGGUUAUGGAUUUUUGUCCGGAAUGGAAUUUCACACGGUGCACCACAUGGCCCAGGAAAUGUCAUCGGGACAGCAAGGAUCCCCUGGCGUGAAUGGUGCCGUUGGUGGUGGAGGUGGUGCGCAAGAGCAGCACAUAAAGCGGCCCAUGAACGCCUUCAUGGUCUGGUCCAGGAUUCAGCGGAAGAAGAUCGCCCUGGAUAACCCAAAGAUGCACAAUUCUGAGAUAUCAAAGAGGUUAGGUGCCGAAUGGAAAUUACUAUCAGAGACAGACAAGCGACCUUUCAUCGACGAGGCGAAGAGAUUACGUGCCAUGCACAUGAAGGAGCAUCCGGAUUACAAGUACAGACCAAGAAGAAAGCCAAAAGCGUCUGUGCCAGUGAAUCCCGGUGGCAAACCUGGUUCGAUCAGUCCCGUCGGUAGCGGUCCAGGUGGUUUCGCGAGUUUUCCAUUGCCACACUACUUCGCCGCUUCAGCAGCACCCAUGGGACAUCAUCAUCUGGACUUUCCGCCCCUGCCAACCUACUUCGGAUCAGCCUUCGACGCGGUUCAUCUGAGCAAGCUCGUGGCCGGCGGUCAGGGUAACCCGUCUUCGGCUGCUGCCGCCGCGGCGGCCGCCGCCGACGCAGCCAAUAACAACGCUGCUGCCGCCUCCGCAGCAGCCGUCGUAAGCAGCUUCUACUCGAGUCUCUACCCCACGACGACGACCUCAGCAGCGGCUGCCGCUGCUGCUGCGUCGAAACCCUAUCAUCCUGGUAGCGGUGCCAGCAGCGCCGUGGCUGCGGCCGCGGCCGCCGCGGCGCAUCUCUCACCGCAUCUGUUCUCCACCAGUUCACAUUCACUUUCGCCGCACCACCAUCAUCAUCAUCAUCAUCAUCCUGGAGCCAUUCAGCAUUCACAUACGUCGGCCACGACGACGACCUCCUCCUCCAUGUCGAUGCCAUCCUCCCUCAUGUUCCCGACGUCCUCGACUUCAGGUUCAGCGGGGAGUAUCGCCGGAUCCAGUAGCAGUCCCGGAAGUAGUCCUGGUGCUACGUCACUGGUAUCCACGCCAACCAACUCGUCCGGCACCACCCUUGACCUUGAACAAUUACGAAGACCCGUGUCAGUUAUCUUUUAGACAUUUCUCAAUACUCCUCGUCCCAUGGAUAUAUCAAUUUAUCGUUAAGGACACCUUGUAUACAUGACAGCUGCGAUCGUCUCGUACGAUGAAAACGAUCGCGAGGUUAGCUGAGCACAAUUUUUAAUGACGAUAAAUAAAUGACGUACGGCCCGUGAAAAGGGUGCAGAUGCAAAAAAAAAACCAGAGCUGUAAUUGUAUAAAAGGAGAAGGAAAAAUUAAUGAAAUAUUAGUGCGCGGUGAUCUGCUCAGCGGAACCGUUAUCAAAAAUGUCCAAAUUUAAUCGUAUUUAAAAAGAAAAAGGCCCAAUCCGAAUUGUACAAAUGUUAUGUAGAUUUUAAGUUGGUACCUCAUGUCAUAUUUAUAUUAUUUUCUAUUAACAUUACUUUGAAAAUAAGUGCGUGCCCGCGAGUGUAUUUGAGAGAAUAAUCAUGAAAGAUGAACGAACGAGUGAGAGAGAGAGAGAUGGAAUACUAUAAUAAAAAAAAACAGAUAAAGGAUUAUUUAGGACAAAAGUACACAACCCUCCCAAAAGUUGGUUAUACCAUAGAAAAGAUCUAGAAGCGCUAAUUAAAAUUUGUCUUAAAUAAUCUAGUGUGAUUGAACGCAAUGAUGAGUACAUAAAUUGAAAUAUCAGUAUUUGCUGUUGUUAAAGAUUAAUUUAUGCACCCAAUCGAAUAGCAUUACGUUUGCCACGUACAGGAGAGACAAAAAGUUUCUUGGAUCGUGCUCCAAUUCCUUAAGGCUAGUCCGUAUGUGAAACUUGGAUUUACCGCACGGGAUAGGCAUUUUUACAUUUUAGCAACAACCACGAAGUCACCAUGUACAUUAUGUUUGUUAAUAAAUUGUUAUUAUAUGU